AUUUCCUCCACGUUCAAACUUCCGGUGAAAAUUGUCAACACUAAAACAUAGAAAGAUGGGGCUCUGUAAAUGCCCCAAAAAGAAAGUGACCAACCUAUUUUGUUUCGAACAUAGAGUAAAUGUUUGUGAGAACUGUCUUGUGGCAAAUCAUGCAAAGUGUGUAAUCAAGUCAUAUCUGCAGUGGUUACAGGACAGUGAUUACAACCCUAACUGUAAACUAUGUAACAAUGUACUGAGUGAUGAGCAGUAUGGAGACUGUGUCAGAUUGACUUGUUAUGAUAUAUUCCAUUGGCCCUGUCUGAACCAUUAUGCCCAGCAGUUUCCUGCUAACACAGCCCCCGCUGGCUACACCUGUCCCACCUGUAAUGCAGGGAUCUUCCCCCCACAGAACAUGGUGUCCCCUGUGUCAGACAAACUAAAGACCCUCCUGUCCACUGUCAACUGGGCCAGAGCAGGUCUUGGUUUACCCCUGAUUGAUGAACCACAAGAACCUUUAUUGCCUCCCCCACAAACACAACUACCCACCUCACAGAGCAGUGAGGGCUCUCAAAUAAAGUCAGAAGCAGUUCUACCGACUCAUAGCACUCCUCAGAAAUCUCAAAUUGUUCAGAAUCAUGGGACAUUACCAAACUCUUCAGGAUUCUCAAACACACCUGCUGCAUCUCCCUACCCCCUGGGAGCCUCACCGAAUCCCCAGUCUGGGACCCCCUACUCUCCAAUGUCAACUCCUAACUACAACAGACCCAGCGCCCACGUUCCUCCCAAUCAACAUAGUGUGAUCAGUGUGGACGAGGGGACCUCAGUGAGGGGACAGGACAAACUCGCCUUUGGAGGCAGGUCUCAAAAUAUGAAGAGAAAUGGUGAUCCCAGAAAGUUGUUUGAUUCCACUAAAGAAGACACAAGUUCCAUAUUUAAUACAUCCCUUGACCAUGAUGAAAACAAGUAUAGAAGACGAUCGGCCAUGGAAUGGCUAACAAAAUGGCUAAAGUCAAGAGAAGGCAAACAUGGAAAGAAGGAUCCAAUGUCCAUAAGGAAGAAGUUUCUGGUGGUUUUAGUAAUAGGAAUUAUAGGCUUUUUGACAAUCAUUGUGAUAUUUUCAAAACUAGGUCGAAGCGGCAUUGACGAGGACCCCUUUUUGGGAAAUCCCCAAGUUAGAGUGAUGGAUGAAAUCAUGGACUGAUAUGUGACUGUGUUAUUCUUAUUCAUUUACAAUUGGUGUAUGUUUAAAUAAUUUCAGAGAAUAUUUGUGAAUCUGUAAAAACUGAAUUAUUUUAAAACUAUUGAUGGUUUGACAUCUGAAUAGAUGUGAUUAUGCACUAAUAGUUAUUUUGAAAGUACAUUGUAUUCUGUAAGACAUUCAAAUGUUUGUUAUCUGUAUACAUUUGUUUUAAGGCUUUGCUUUGUAACUUAAGGAUUGUAGAUUUAAAAUGUUAAAUCAUGAAUAUUCGUGUACAUGGUUGACCCACGGACCAUUAUAAGUUAUACCAUCUAAUAUUCACCAUCUGAUUGAUGUACUGUGAUAUGUUGCUAUCAUGGAAAACAAAUAUUGCAUUUUAUUUUGUCAAAGAUGACCUGCAUGUGAGAUGAUAUUAACUCAAAUAGAUAUGUAUAGUGCUGUACUUUAACUUAAACCUGAAUUUCCAUUCAAUGUUACACAAUAUGUUAUACAUGUAUUAUUUUAUAAAGGGUUAUUUGUAUAUUAAGCUGGUUUUAAUUUUAUUACGUUAUCAGUGCAAUUAUUAUUUAUUCCAAAUAAAUGCCAGUAAUAUUAGAAUUGCUUUAUUGGUGUGAUUAUGAUGAACAUAUUUUAAAAUUUCUGAAUUGUAUUUAAAAAGAUUGUUUAUGUAUGAAAAAUAUGUUUUAAGGUUAAUAAAUGUAU